CCUUCUCAUGAUAUAGUCAUUAGAUAUCCAUUAUGUGAAUCCUAUGAAUUUACUGCAUCUUUGACAACAUAUUCUACUUCGUUUUUUAGAUGUCUCCUGUACGCCAAAUAAAAUAAAUAUAAUAUAUAUGUGUAAUUAACUUGAAUAUUGAAGAGAAAAGAAAAAAGAAAAAGAGUUAAAUAGAAGCAAGUCCAGCUGGAAAGGACAUAUUUAUCAUUGCAUCUGAUUGCACGGUGAAGAUUCCGUGGCGACAAAACGGCGCGGUCGCAAUAUCGAGCGACCCGGUGACCUCUCCGGACAGCGGAAUUGAUUAUUUUCAGGAGAGUCCCCCUGAAAUAUACGCGAGCCGCGUCAAGCCAGCUUAGGCAUGACACUGGCUAGGUAGUCCAUCAUGGAGAGUCGUUCGGGCAGCAUAAAGGAUCCAAUUUACUAUCCGGAGAAUGACGGCACGUCGAGCGGUGGCGAACCUGCCGACAAGAGUCAACGUAGCUCGCUUGGCAGCCAGGAAGUCAGCUUGGACGACGGCAAUGCACUCAAAGUGCCGCGCAAAUUCAUCACUAAUUGGCGGCAGGCGUGCGACCGAACACGCGAUCGUACCAAAGACCUGCUGAAGAGAUGGAGAACAACCAGCAGCAACAUCGACGAGCUUGCUGUCGCGCCCGUCGCCAUCCCCGAACUGGAACAACCCAGCUGGAGCGUGCACGUCUGGACGACGUGGGUGAGCCGAUUCCCAAGUGACGACAGUUUGUCCGCUAUGAAUGAGCUAGGCAAAGCUGGAAGUUCAGAGGCCUUAGCAUCUAUACAACGUGAUAAAUUCUCUCACUUUUUUACAUAUCUCUUAGACCAUGAUAGAGACGGUUACAUCAGUAGGAAGGAUUUUUCAUUUCUCUCGGAGCGUUUGAGGCGAUUUGCGGAUUGGUCGUGGAACGGUCCGGAAUAUUUGAGAUUACUGGAAAUCGAAAAUGGAUUUGCCGGAUUAAUCCUGCAGGAUAAGAAGGGACCUAUGGAAACAGAUAAAAAGGUUGAUCUUGACGACUGGUUGUCCUGGUGGGCGCAGAUUGUUGCACCGCCGGAUGGUGCCAGUUACAAUGACAUGCCGUUUUGGAUCAAAGUUAUGCCUAGAGUGUUCUUUCUUGCGAUAAACAGUUCUGGAAGUGGAAUGAUCAGCAAGAAGGAACUCGCUGCGUUUUACGGAACCGUGGUCGGCUUGGACACCGACAGAAUAAACAAGUGCUUAGACAUCGCGUAUGACUCGAUGACUUCGAAUGGAGAUCAUCCUCUGGGUUGGAUACAAUAUCAGUUAGUGUUCGCAAAUUUCCUGUUCGGACGCGGACCAUUCGGCCCGGGAGAGCAUUUCCUAGGGAUGACAGAUUCUUGCAUAAUCCGCGGUAACACUAUACCAUUCCCCAUCGAUUAUUCCGCGAUGAAUACACCGCGGGAUAAAUUAGAGGUGUAUAGUCCAAAUUGCAAGAGCAACAGACGAAGCGUCGUAGUCUAAUGGUGAAAUCAUCGUAAGGGAGCUCCUUCUAAUUAGUGAUGCAACGUGCACAAUUAUUCCUCGAGUACCUGAUACCGCGUGUAUAACAUAUACCAUAUUUGAUAUAUGUAUAUUUAUUUUCGUCAAUCGUUAAAAAAAAAUUUUUAAUCUAUCUAUCGUCUAUCUUGCACUAUUUCAACGUGUACAAAAUCGACGUUCUAUAAAUUAUGUCAACGUAUUACAAA